ACAGCUCGAAACGAACCAGUUAACUGUUUUCAGCCACUCUGCAGCUGCUCACCGUGUCGAUCGGCGAGACUGGUAGACUUGUUUUUUUUCCCCUACUGGAGCUGUCCAAGGUGGUGAAACAUGAACCAGAGCGCAGGAGCAGCGCAGCACGGGCGGAGAUACUCAACUGAAGGAAAGGACAUAGGACCAAUUGGACCAGACAGGAACUGGAAGGGCAUUGGCAUCUCUCUGCUGGUUAUUUUGGUGGUGCUUUCACUCAUUGGAUUAGCCAUUGUUCUCCUGUCAAAGGAUGAUGGUGGCAAACCCUUUGGUUCGCAGUUGACACUGGAUGACCUCUUUCAAAGAAACUUCCAAAUACAUGACCCAGAUGCAAAGUGGAUUAAUGGGGAAGAAAUCAUCUUUCGGAGCUGGGAUGGAGAUGUUUUGAAAAUCUCCAUACACAACAAUGAAACGGAACUGCUGCUGAAAAACACAACAUUUGCAACUUUUAAGGCCUCAAAGUUUGCAGUUUCUCCAGAUAUGAACUUUGUUCUUCUAGCAUACGAUGUCAAGCAGGUCUACCAGCACUCUUUCUUAGCAUCGUACCUGAUCUACAACCUGUAUACAAGAGAGGUGCGGGAGCUGAAUCCUCCAGAGGUGUCAGACUCAGUCCUUCAGUUUGCCUCAUGGGGUGUUCAUGGUCAACAGAUGAUAUACAUAUUUGAAAACAACAUCUACUACCAAACAGAUGUUCAGAGUAGCUCCUGGAGGCUCACAUCUUCUGGACAGGAGGGGAUCAUCUUCAAUGGCAUUGCAGACUGGCUGUAUGAGGAAGAGGUGUUACAUACUCAAGUGACCCACUGGUGGUCACCUGAUGGUUCCAGACUGGCCUACCUCACCAUCAAUGAUUCCCUGGUCCCUAACAUGCUCCUGCCUCGCUUCACAGGCUCUCUUUACCCCAGAGGGAAGGAAUACCCUUACCCAAAGAUGGGUCAAAUCAAUCCAACUGUCAGACUCUUUGUCGUCAUUCUAGACGGCAGCUCCCUAACAACUGAACUGAGACCCCCUGACAGUUUUGAGAAGAGUGAGUACUAUAUCACCAUGGUGAAAUGGGUGACGCGGGAGAGGCUCAGUGUGCGUUGGCUGAGCCGAGCUCAAAACGUGUCAAUUCUCUCACUGUGUGAUGUCACGACAGGUGACUGCACAAAGAAACAUGUGAUGACAUCAGACAAGUGGCUUGAUCGUCAGAAUGAGGAGCCAGUAUUUUCCAAAGAUUGCACAACAUUCUUCAUCUCUAUGCCCUUAAAACAUGGCAGCCGUGGGACUUUCAACCAUAUCACCAUGAUCUCCAACCAAUCUGAGGGUCAAGAGGUCAACCUCCGCCACCUGACCUCAGGAAGCUGGGAAGUAACUCAAAUUCUGGCCUAUGAUGAGAGCGCCAACUCAGUUUAUUUCCUAAGUACAGAGGAAGGCUCAACACAGCGGCAAUUGUACAGGGUCUCCACUGUAGAUCCAUUCAAUAAAGAAUGUCUCACUUGCUCCCUCUUCAAAUCAAAGUGCACCUAUUAUGACGCUGUCCUGAGCCCCAGCUACCAACAUGUUGUUCUCAACUGUAGAGGUCCUGGAAUACCCCAGUCUACUCUUCACAAACUAAAUGAUAUGAACAAGCACAGGACUCUUGAGAGGAACACAAUGUUAAAACAUGUACUGCUGAACAGGACGAUACCCAAGUGGGAAAGAAGAACUGUACAAAUCAACAACUUUGCACUUCGCCUUGAGUUGAUUGUCCCAGUAGAUUUGGAUGAAACAAAGGAGUAUCCACUUUUACUGGUUCUCGACAGUGCCCCUGGUGGUCAGGCAGUGAGUGACCGCUUCUCUCUCAGCUGGGACUCUGUCCUGGUCAGCUCAGACAAAGUAAUUGUGGCUCGUGUUGACGGCCGGGGCAGCGCCUUCCAGGGGCAGAGGAUCCUGCACGAGGUUCACCAGAGACUAGGAACUGUUGAUGUCCAGGAUCAGAUCACAGCUCUGGAGCACCUGAUCAGGCUACCCUAUAUUGAUGGCAACAGAGUUGGAGUUUAUGGAAAGGCAUAUGGAGGCUUCCUGUCCUCGCUCCUGCUCCUUUCCAACAGCUCUAUGUUCAAUUGUGGCAUCGCUGUGGCUCCUAUAACAAACUGGAGACUCUAUGGGUCGGCCUUCAGUGAGAAAUACUAUGGCUCUCCAGUGAAAGAGGAUCACAAAUACCAAAUUUCCACUCUGCUCGGUAACAUCACAGUUCUGAGUCCACUGAACUUUCAUAUUAUCCAUGGCACAGCAGAUGCCACUGUCCAUUUCCAACAUUCUGCUGAGUUGGUCAAACUGCUGUCUGCUUCAAAUGUUAACUACACUCUCCAGAUUUUCCCAGAUGAAGGACACAACAUCGCCUCUGUCAAGAGCCAACACUACAUGCUAAACUCAGUGCUCACAUUCUUCAGGCACUGCUUUAAAGAGGACGAGGUUAUUGUCCCGCAGGCGUCUAAAGAUGACAACUAGCCCAGCGAACCUCCUGCAGCAAGACGCUUAUGUGAGGAGUAUAGCAACUGCUGUGAUGAGCCAACAGAGAGAUGCCUUGUUUCCCUGAAGAGCUGCUAUCUGUGAACGCACUCCAAGAGAUUCAAUGAAAACCUACUGACCUGCAAUAUGAGAGAUCACUAGAAUUAUAUUUGCUUGGAAUAACUAGUCAGCAUGGUAAUUCCAGGGUCAGGAUGAUUAAAUUAUGUAAUUGAUAAGACUGUAGUAUUGUUGCUGUAAUCUAAUGCUUCAGAUUAUAAUAUUGUUUGUAAUAUUUGUAUCAUGUACUGAGUACAAAUGUCAGGGUAUCAAAGAAACUUGUAUUUUUCCAUUUUAGAGUAUAAUUUUUGCUGACUACUGUAAUCUACUGUGACUAUUUCUAUGUACUGCAAACAAAACAAGUUCACUUAAUAGAAAAUGUUGGGAGAUCAUAUCACAAAACUCACGAAAAAGAUUUUGCAGGUGCCUUUACUUCAUUACAGUUGUCAUUAUUUUCUAACCUUAGAGCCAACAAUGUUCACAGACUUACACUAAGGUGUGAUUAGAUAAUGAGGAUUGAAUAUUGUCAUUCAGCAUCUCAUGAUUCCUCUUCUAACCCCAUAAUGAGACUAAAAAACAAUUAUAAGGUGAUUUUCAUCACAUUCAGGGGAACCAUAGUGUAAACCAUGAUGUAAACCUAACUGUAAUGUAAGCCAUAUUUAGAAUGGAUUGGUCAAUGACUUUAAUCCCACCUGAAGCACGUGUAUGUGAGUAUUUGUCCCCCAGCCUUGUAAUAAUCACAGCCACAAUUGCCUACUCUUUUUUUGCGGAAACCUUAAAAACCUGAUGAUUCUCGAGCAAGUUUUGAAGCAUAAUGAUAUCCUGAAUCCUAGUGUAAGUCACCAUGAAUAUCAGUACUUGUUUCGUGUCUGUGUAUUAAGAUUUAGGAGUAUGAUUUUCAUCUCACAUCUCUCCCUGCAACAUCCCCCUGGGGAGGCUUUUGACUUUGUAAUGCCGAAUGUUCAUGUCUUUAACAGACCAUAUUCUGUAGGUCCAGAGUGAUGAGUUUAAUUACUGAGGUGCACUGUGAAUAUUUCAUUCCCCACCUCCCCCCUGUAAUGUUAUUCCCAUCUGAAUGGGGGUUUUAAAGUGGGUCUUUAUUAGGCAACUUGUUUUUUGUUGUUGUGUCCUGGUUUUUCUAUUCUUUUCCUUUUAAAGAAAUACUGAUUGGUAAUUGCAUUAUCUAACACAUUUCACACAUUUUUAUUUAUUUAUUUAUUUUUUUUUUGCAAUAACAUUUGUUCUUUUGAGUGUUUAUGGCCAGCUGCAUCACAAACAUGUUACAUGUAGCAUUUACUAUCCAAAAUGUGAAAAGUGUUUCAAAUGGGAAAGGAGAUGGAGAAACUUAAUUUGUAGUAAUAAUCAUCUCUGCUGUGCAGUGGUUCAUACCCAGACUCCUGUAAUGCUGUAUAUCAUCAUUAUUCCUUCUUGUAUAGUAACAAACAAAUCAAAGAUCAUUCUCUGACCAUGGUCCUGUGCUGCUCACACUUAUGCACUGGCUUUAUUCUGUCAAACUGCAUGACAUUUGAAUAAUAGGGAACAUUAAUAAGCUGAAAUAAAUAGUUAAAUUGGAUCUCCCCUCAUCUGUGUGUUCCAUUGUUUGCUGAUGUGCUUAGCGGACAAAGCAAUAAAAUGAAGAAUUCACUUGGAACCAUAUCUGAUAGAACAUACCAAUCUCAAAAGAGCUGUGGCUGCACCAGUGGCAUACAAGGCUUAGAAGUAGCACCAGUGACAGAUGUAAAGUUGCUUUCGCACCAAAGCUGUAAUCUGCUGAAAUUUUGUUGAUCAAAUGACACUCAACUGAAAUAUGCCUAUUUGCGCUUUGUCAGAGAAUGAAAUGUGAGGACCAAUAUCACUGUCAUAACUACAGAGCUGAAUCAGGACAUGUUUAGCCUAGCAAGUAGUAUAAUGAUUUAAGGCAGUUGUGUCGCACAUCUACUCUAAGCAUUGUACUGGGUGUCUGUUUUGAAAAAAUCUAAAUUGCAAUGAAAACUAAGAGACUUUACAUCCAGGUUUGGUACAAUUAUAUCAACCCUGUAAGCCUGAGUGUGACAAGAUUUAAGAAGUAGGCAAAAAGUUAAAGCACCUCCCUCCCUCUAGAACUCCAAAUUGUACUUUUUACAUCACUCUGUGUUUGAAGGUUUAACAAAAAAAAAAAAAAAAAAAAUACAGUAAAGCUUGUAACCCUGGCUACAGGGCCUCUUACAGUUGUGAUGAAGCUCCAGUGGCCGCCGCCUCCUCCAUACACUGAUUCCACAGCGCUAUAUUUGGCCUCAUUAGAGUAGUGCCAAAUAUCUGAUUCCAGUAUUAUGUCCCGAAACUAGUUUUCUUUCUCUCUUUCAUUAUCACUAUAGCAAGAAGAGAAUAUGGCAGAUGGGUUGUUUUGGUCCUGAGUCCCUCUUUGAUCAUCCUUGGAUGCACGCAGAUCUACAAAGAAUGAGGUUUCUGCAGCUGGCAGCAGAGGGAUAUUUUAAUAUCAGGAAGAUAGAAAAAAAAAUGUGUAACUAUUAUUAUUUCACAGAAGUGUCUACGCAGAGCUAUCAAGUUUGACCCUAAAAAAUUAACAGAAUCAUAAUAAUAAACAUACAAAAAUAAUCAUGAUUUUAAAAAAGCCUGUAACUAUAACAUGUUAUAUGACUAAAGCAUCUUAGUUUGCGUGUGAUAUUCACACCCUCUGCUUAAAUACAAGAAGUAUAAAAGUAUUCUGCUGCAAGUAAAGGUCCUGCACUGAAAAUGUUGAAUGAAAGUAUGGAUGGAUGUAAAGUAUUAUCACAAAAUGUGCUUAAAGUAUUACAAGUAAAAGUACUCAAUGCAGUAAAAUGUCCCUUGUGACUGUUACUCUAUUACAUAUUGUAUGAUGUCAUUAGAAUUUUAUGACUCAUGCAUGCAAUGUAAAACCAAGAUUUUACUGUUGCAGUAAAAAGUGGUACUAUUUUGUACGCAGCUGCAACUAAUGAUUAAAUUCAUUAUGGAUUAAUAAGCUGAUUAUUUUCUCCAUUAAUCGACUGAUUGUUUGGUUUGUAAAAAUUCUGAAAAUAGUGAGAAUUGCAGUCAUAAAUGCUACAAACAAUUCUCAAAAUAGUUGCCAAUUUAGGUAGGUGUGCAAUGAAUAGGACAAACACAGACAUAGGCAGGAGUGAUGAUGAUCAAUGCGCACUGUCCUUUUAGAAAUAAAUAAAGGUUAAGUUCACAUUCCUUAAAACAAUAGUAAUGUAACCAUAUAAACAUUGAAACAGGUUUUGCUUGCUUCCUCCAGUGAAUCUGCCGUAACAAACUGUAAAUAAACCAUAUGCUGAGGGACAUAUGGUAGUCUGUUGGGUUAUUUAACAUCCAUAGCACAUUCCCAUACUUGCCACCUUCCUUAGUCUUAUGACAGCAUUGAAUAUGCCACCCCAUUAUGUCAUGUAUUAUGCCCCAAGUUUGUUUAUAGUGUGUCCUAUUUUGUUCUACUUCUAUUCCUAUCUCAUAUACUUGUAUAUAAGUUGUUGUUUUUGCAUACAUCUAAGUGGAGCACACAGCCAAGCAUCUCACUACAUGUUGUGCAGGAUUGUGUAUAGUAAGUGAUGAACAAUAAUACAACAAAACCUACUACUGAGUUGAGUUCUGUCUCAAUUCUUGAUAUUUCCUUCCCACAAGACACAACAAAAACCUGCCAUGGAAUGAAAAUAUAUCAGACUGUGGACAGGAGGGUCAUCUGUGCUGGGGAAAAAGACCAAAACUAAUUCUGAUGCUUCAGAUCCUGCAGAUUAAAGAGUUUCUGUCCUUCAGCGGAGUUAACAUCUGCUUGGCCAUUCAGGCCAGAGAGUGCAGGCACUGAUUAAUGCACACAGACACACAAUACUGAGGCAGCAAUCGCUCUAAACAAGCAGAUCUUGCCUGCUAAAUCAUUAAUGUAGGAGCCCCAAGGCCAUGAAAGACUGCCUUGUCCCUUUAAUGUGACUUCUAUGUUGAAAAAACAAAUGCAACAUUAAAUCGAAGUGUUCAGGUGAUUGGAUUGUUCAUCCUCCCAACAAUCAAUCUGUGGCCAAUUAGAUUUUCUGUUAAAAUGUGUUCUGUUAUACAUCAGUAUAACUCAUUGUUUUUCAUAGAUUUUUUUUUUGUUUUUAUUAUUUAUAAUCAUCACUAGAGGACAAUCACAAUAUUCCCAAAACCGCAACCCCGCCCUUUCCCUUCUAAAACAGCAAAAAGAACAAGAAGAAGCAUUACAAAAUCCAUCCUAAGAAGAAAAUCAACAGCUGAAAGGAAAACAGAAACAAAGAAAUGUACAAGACAUCAAGGUCAAAUCAAUCCAUCCCCAUAGACUAAACUUUCUAUGAGAUCUGACAUCUCAAAAAUAUAUUUAUGUAC